AUGUCUAAUUCUCAAAACCCUUCCCCUGCUGAAAAAGAAUUCAACAACAAACCUACAAAAAGGUUCAGAGUAAAACAAUCAUUGCCAACUUUAGGAUUGUCAUCACUCCAACAUAAAAAAAGAGUUAGAUAUGAAAAUUCUGCUGAUACUAUUUUAAUACCAGGCGUUAUAUAUAUUUCUGGAUAUGUUCCAGCGGAAGAUCCAGUAAAAACUACAUCUGAAGCUCCAUCUGAAGCUCCAGUCGCUGUACAAGAUCUAUCACAAGUGCCAAUAACACCACAAUCUUCUGUUCCAGUACAAGAAAUUUCAGUACAAGAGGCCCAAGAUCAAACACCAGAUCAAAUUCAAGAUCAAAUUCAAGCUUCAUCAAAUACCUUAGAGGAAACUUUAAGACAAGGGCUAUUAAUUGAAACUUCAAAGACUACAUCUGCUACAAACCCAGCUCUUUUCAUUUUAUCAUUAGCUUAUGUUUUACAUUGUAUUAAUGCUACGACAUUGGAACAUUCACAGAACUGA